AAACGAGUGUUGUGUCAUGUUUAUGAAAAUGUCAUGACAGUCUUAUUCACCCCACUUCAAAUAAAGUGUUACCCUAUCAAUAAACUGGAUGUCUUUAGAUGAAAAAUAAACAGUACACACCUCUCCCGCAGGACAUGACAUAAGGGGUGCCAACAAUUUAAAGACAAUACCAUAGAAGAAGAAAUAAAAAUGGAGAGGCUUAAAGUCUUAAAACAACACGAUUAAAACAAUGACAGAGUUUUUUAAAGAUGUUUCAGUCAGGUAAGGAACAACAUGAAUCACCAAAAAAGAGACACUUUGUGUAAUUAUAGCAAGAGAAAUAGAAACUGGUUACAUUCACCCCACAAGAAUUACACAAAAUGAAAAACAGUGCAAGACAUUCAGUACCACUACAAAAUAGAGUUUUUUCACUGCAACAAUGUAACACACCAGUCAGUGCAUAUGAUCACGUAUCCAGACUUUUUCCACUCCAUAACAAGCAGAGAGGCAUAUUCACUAAUAGACUUCCUUAUGAUACCCUUCAUCUCCGUCUCAGACAAGACCUCCUGCAGCUAAUAAUGUGCUGGUGCUAGGCAUCGAUAAGGCAAGCGAAACGGCUGGUCAUCAGUCAAGUGAAUGAGAUGGACAAAAUCCUUAGUCUCCCCACAAUCCAGUUUUCCUCUGGAGAACACAUCCUGGUAAGAACCCACAAGUUCAGCCAGCCUUCUCUUGAACUCAUCUGACACCUCACAGCUCUCUAUGUCGAUGUCAUGUAGACCACAGUCUCUCAGCAUCUGUACAGGAUCAGAACUGUAAUGUGGUGAGCUUGUUGAAACAGUAGAAUGACUGCAGUCCAGUUCAGAUUUCUCCCAAUGAGAGUAGGGCGAUACGCCGUGGUGGACGUUGCGCAUUUUGAUUUUGGAAAGGUGGCAACCCCACUCUGUAUGCAGAUAACCGCGCAGAUCAGUGUCUGUCCUGUGAUUGGACAGAUCAGUGUCUGUCCUGUGUUUGGUGGCUUUCUCUCCAGCAGGAAGUUGUGAACAGAGUUUAAAACCGCUGCAGGAUUGCAGACAUUCACAGGAAGCUGGACCAGCAAUGGCUCUGCUGAAGGUUCUGCUGCUGCUGCUGGGGUUGGUGAAUUCAGCUGUUUCUCUGCAGAAGAGAAUCAUUGGAGGUCAUGACUGUGCUGACACAGAGCGGGGUUAUCAUGUUCGGUUGAAGAUGACCAACGGGCAGACAACCACCAUAUGUGGAGGAUCUCUGUUAAACCAGAAGUGGAUCCUGACUACAUAUACCUGCUGGAAGUCGGAGACAGGGUGGAUUAAUGUAGCAUUGUUAAAAGUUCAUCCACGGACUGGUACACUGAUGAGUAUCAGAAUCCUAGACGCUCCUGUGGUUUAUGCUCCCGAAGGCUGGAAACAUGACAUCAUGUUGGUGAUGGUUGGAAGACCAGUAAGAGGUGUUCCGUUUGCUCAGCUACCAGACUGCAGUAAACGCCCUAAAAUAGGUGAUAUUGUUCAGUUGGCAGGAGAGGGAGGAACAACAACCGGCCCCAAUAAUCGACGAUUACCUAAUACUGGUACUGCAACACGUCUUCAGUGUGUCAACAUGAAAGUUGUUGAGGAUUCCCACUUCCUGCCGGCAUAUGGCCAUACAUUCUCUGCUGCAGCACCGAACACGGAUGUAUGUCAUGGUGACGCUGGUUCAGCUGUGGUGUUCAACGGCAUGAUUUAUGGUGUGAUAUCUGCAGGUGUAUCAGAGCAUCCAUGUCAGAGACCAGUUUCAAUCACUGAUGUGUGUGGAUACUUUCAGUGGAUAAGAGGAAUAACUCGGUAUCAAUAAAACAAACCGUCAUGAAAUAUAAUUCUCAUCAAAUUUCCUCUCAGAUAUAAUUUCAUUAUUGUAUCUUAAUAAGUCUGAUCCACAUGAUUGUAGAAUCAGAAUAAAUCAAUAGCUUAGAAUUUUCUCACAUAGCCUUGAUCUCCCUAAUGGUUCUUUGUCUGUCUUAGAAAUGAACAAUAAAUGCAUGAAAAAGAAACA